GGUAUCUUUUCCCUAACCCUGGAAAUUGUUCUUGGAGCAGCAGCUUCUGCUGUUGUUUUGCUCUGCAUUGUGUCUGUCAUUGUGAUAAGGCGCACGGUACGGAUGAAGGCAUUAAACGAGAUACGCUGGAGAGUGCCACCAGACCAACUUAUACCGAUUGUUGGCAAAGAACUCCGCGUUAUGAUUUAUGUGACCUACUCGCAAAUGGUAUGGGUGACGCGACUGCGAACAACCUACAUAUCGGUCUCCUCAGCUGCACCUCUGCCACUUACGAAAUCGAUGCUACGGGCAAUAAAAAAUAUGCAUGAACUGGAGAAUCUCAACUUAUGCCGUUUCAUUGGAUUCACUAUCAUCGAGAAAUCAAUUAACCUGAUUUCGGAGCACUGCUUGCGAGGUUCUAUCGCAGAUCUCAUGUCCAAACUGACCGUGGAUGUCGACCUUCAAACUGCGUUCAUGCUAGAUAUUUUACGGGGACUGCGAGCAAUACAUCGUUCUCCCCUCAAAUACCAUGGGCAUUUAACUAUACACUGCUGUUUAAUUGACAAACAUUUUACGGCAAAAAUUGGUCGUACCGGAUACCAGCACAUGGAGCGACUGCUAACGGCGAGUGGUCCCAGGGAUAAUGAAAGCAGACAGGACGAAUAUUGUAUCGUCCAUGGUAAUGAUCCUAAGAACGAUAUCUAUGCCAUGGCACGUGUAUUACUUUACAUCACUACGCGGGAAGAUUCCUUGAAAACACCCGCCGAAUUACGUAAAUGGAGGGCCGAACAAUGGAACGUGGUGCCGAAGAAGUUCGGCUCGUUGUUUGCGGCCAUGGAAUCCUGUCUGCACCACUCGGCCAAUGAGCGUCCGUCCGUUAAUCGCCUAAUUGCUAGCCUUAACGAAGCUAUCGAUCGGGUGGAUGGAGGGAAUUUGAUGGAGAGGCUGAUCCAUCGUCUGGGCAAUUAUACCGAUGAGUUGGAUCGCCAGGUGGCAACCCGCACGCUGCAACUGUUGGAUGAGCGUAGACGAUGCGAUGUUGUGCUGCGCGAAAUGCUGCCAAGUACUGUGAUCGAAGAGCUACGUGGAGGCACAACACCGAAAGCUGAAAUGUUCGAUUCAGCAACUUUAAUGUUCACAGAAAUCGGGGGUUUCCUAAACGUUUUGGCUGUGUCCGAUCCGAAAGACGUCUUAUUAUUUCUAAAUGAUGUGUAUAUAGCGUUCGAUAGGGUGGUUGACCUUUUCGAUGUAUACAAAGUGGAAACUAUAAAAGACUCCUAUUUGGUAGUAAGUGGCAUACCAAUCCGUAAUGGAACCCAUCACGCUCAAGAAAUCUGUGAUCUUGCCACCUCACUGCUACGAGCAUUCUCUGCCUUCCAAACGCUUUUCAUCUAUACUGCGUUUCGUGCGGGAGUGCACUCUGGUCGAUGUGCAGCCGGUGUGGUUGGGCAUAAAGUGCCGCGAUACUGUUUAUUUGGCGACACGAUAAAUACCGCAUCCAGAAUUUUGAUGUAUGGCGAAGACUCCCGAGUACACUUGAGCUCGACAGCAGCUGAGCUGAUCGUCAGCGCUUCCGCGUAUCAAGUGGAGGAUCGUGGAAUGAUCGAGGUUAAAGGAAAAGGAUUAAUGCGGACGUUCUGGCUAAUUGUUACACCUUGACCUAUUUGGUUUAUACGAGUAGCUGACGUUUGGACAUUAUAAUUUGACUAUGCUUGUACGUUAAUUCACUGUAAUGCCGGUACAAAAUUCCGAUUGUGAGAACAC